AUGUCUCGCCAGUCCACCGUGCGGAUCCAGCGGGGCCGGAGCGGCUUCAGCGCCGCCUCGGCCGCGGUGCCCGGCACGUGCCGGACCAGCUUCAGCUCCUGCUCCGUCACCCGCCUGGGGGGCUGCGGCGCCGGCAGCGGCUUCGCCAGGGUCGGGGGGGGCUUCGGCAGCAAGAGCCUCUACAACGUCGGCGGGUGCAAGAAGAUCUCCGUGGCUGGAAGGGGUGGGAGCUUCUACGGAGCCGGGAGCGCCUACGGGGGCGGCUUCGGCGUCCCCACCAACCUCGGCUACGGGUACCCCGGGUUCCCGGCGGGGGGGAUCCACGAAGUCUCCGUCAACCAGAGCCUCCUGAAGCCCCUCAACCUGGAGAUCGACCCCAACAUCCAAAGGAUCCGGAAGGAGGAGAAGGAGCAGAUCAAAACCCUCAACAACAAAUUCGCCUCCUUCAUCGACAAGGUGCGGUUCCUGGAGCAGCAGAACAAGGUGCUGGAGACCAAGUGGAGCCUCCUGCAGGAGCAGGGCAUGAAAACCGUGAGGAACAACCUGGAGCCGCUUUUCGAGACCUACAUCAACAACCUGAGGGUGCAGCUCAACAGCCUCCUGAGCGACAAGGGGCGGCUGGAGGGGGAGCUGCUCAACACCCAGUACCUGGUGGAGGACUUCAAGAAGAAGUACGAGGAUGAGAUCAACAGGAGGACCAUCGCCGAGAACGAGUUUGUGACGCUCAAGAAGGAUGUGGAUGGUUCCUACAUGAACAAGGUGGAACUACAGGCCAAGGCAGACGCUCUGACUGAAGAGAUUAAUUUCCUGAGAACCCUCUACGAGGCCGAGCUGUCCCAGAUGCAGACCCAGAUCUCGGACACCUCGGUGGUGCUGACCAUGGACAACAACCGGAACCUGGACCUGGACAGCAUCAUCUCCGAGGUGAAGGCGCAGUACGAGGACAUCGCCAACCGCAGCCGCGCCGAGGCCGAGUCCUGGUACCAGACCAAGGUGAAGGGCCCGGGGG